AUGGUAGCUGGGUUGAUGUAGUGAAAGGAGGUGAGUGGACAGGGAUGGAGAGGACAGUUUGCUAUGGGGCCUUGGGCAAGUCACUCUCCCUGUUUGGGUCUCAUUGGAAAGGCAGGAGAUUCUGCCACCAGAGGAGUUCUAGGCUCCAGGUCUAUGAAUCCACCCAUGACAGGGUUCAUAAGCUGUCUGCCCAAGUGGCAUUUCUCUAGACAGCCACGUUAGAGUUUUAUAUUCUCAAAGCCAAGCACAAGCUCAUUAAAGCCCUAUGAAGACUCACCAGGGAACCUGGCUGGAUUAGGACUGCUGCUAUUACUGUAGCAGGCAGAUGGGCUCUUAUCAAACAGGCAGGAAGCACCCAUUUGGGGACAGAGGGUUGAGUGGCUGUUGAAACAGGAGUUACUGAUUUCCAGAGCUUUUAGCGAUGAAGUGAGACAGUGCCUAGGGGUUAGAGGCCAUUCUGGGACAUACAAAGGUAGUAAAAUAGCAGCUAGGUUUUAUUUAACACAAUCUGUGCUAAACCCUUUGCCUGCAUUAUCUCAGUUAAUUUUUACUAGAUCUUAUGAGAUAGGUACUGUUACGCCCAUUUUGCAGACAGGACACUGAGGCCCAGAGAAACUGACUUGCCCAAAGGCACAAGGAGUGUCUCGGGCUGUCUGGAUGCGCCUGAAUGUACAGACUUGACUUACGGGGAUAUAAAGGCCACCCUCACCAGGACAGGGAGCGGGGGAUCCCUCAACGCGGGAUCUGGGAUUCCAGGUGAAAAUGUCUGCUCCAGGAUUGUACCAGGCGGCCGCUGGGCCUUCGUCAAUCCCCACCGCGCCCCCAACCUAUGAAGAGACGGUGGCCAUUAACAGUUACUUCCCCACGCCUCCUGCGCCCAUGCCUGGGCCAACCACGGGGCUCGUGACUGGCCCUGAUGGGAAGGGCAUGAACCCUCCUGGAUACUACACCCAGCCCGCGUCCGUCCCCAACGCCAAUCCAAUUACCGUGCAGACGGUCUACAUGCAGCAGCCAGUCUCUUUUUUCGACCGCCCGGUCCAGAUGUGUUGCCCUUCCUGCAACAAGAUGAUUGUGACCCAGCUGUCCUACAACGCCGGAGCCCUCACCUGGCUCUCCUGUGGGAGCCUGUGCCUGCUCGGGUGCAUCGCGGGCUGCUGCUUCAUCCCUUUCUGCGUGGACGCCCUGCAGGACGUGGACCAUUACUGUCCCAACUGCAAAGCUCUCCUGGGCACCUACAAGCGUUUGUAGGACUCGACCGGACCUGGAGGGAGCCGUGCGUGGCAGGAAGUCCUUCCCGACUCUCACCCGCUCCACCCCCGACGGAGGGUCCACCUCGGUGGUCUCAUCUCUCCGUCUCUUUGUGUCUUCUUUUUGGGGGGAAAUAUCGCAAAAUCAACACACUUCCCAGACCCCAGAAACUGCUGCUUGGAGUCGUGCACAGGACAUGCAAAGACAUUGACCUUGAGGACUGGGUCAAGGGCUUCCCGCCUGCCCACGACCCAAGCCGUCCGUCUAACUGUGAUGGUUGCCCUGCCUGAAUACCUUCUGGUGAUUGGCCUUGCCAGCUUCUUUCUCACCUCAGUGGGCCUUUCCGGUGGCGGCUCAGACUGAGAAGCCACAGGUGGCCUUAUUUUUGAGACCGUUCUGGCCUGAAUAGGACUCAGCCAACUGGUGGUGCUGCCAUCCCACCCAUCUGUUCUCACGUCCGAUGGCAGAAAUCUUGCCUUAAGGCCUGGGCUCUCAGAUUCUGUAACUGCAGGCUUUCUGCUCGCACAAAAAUUCACUUUCAUUUUCUACUUCAUUUUUAACGACCUGGAGGGACCCCUCACAGCCCCCAGACCCACACCCACGAGGUCAUAGAUGCGUGCUAGGGGUACGGAGCUGGCCCUCGUCACUGGGCAGCUUCCCUCGGUUCUGGGUGCCAGACCCUCAGCCACUUUUCAUGAAGGGCUUUUUCUUGUGGAGAAAUUAUUUGUAUUAACAGUUUUUAUGACCUUUUGGCCUUAAACACCUUGGAACAUAAUUUUGACAGAAGGGAUUUAUAGAACCAUUUUCUGUGACCAUAUCAUUGGUGUCAUUUUCCCUUUUGCCAGGGCACUCCCAUAUGCAUAUUUUUUCCUUCAUAGAAAAAGCAAUGGGUAAUCGCAUCCCCUGCCUUUCCUUGGGUUUUAGUGUGGUCCUUACGAACCUCUAUCAGGGAACUCAGAGCGGGGCCCCUUUGGGGAUCCUGGGGGUGUGUGUGGAAAGACAAGGAAAAGCAUGUGUGAGCACGUCGGGUACCACGGUGCUGAAAAGCUUGGGACCUGAGUGAUUGCAAAGGAAUCUAAAGUCUGAUUUUAGUUUUCAGAAAUGGAAUUUGUGUAUAACCUCGGGAGACAUGAUUUCUAGGACUCAAGCAGCAAGCCAGGGUUCUCGGGGGGCUGCUGUGUCAUCUCUGAAAUCAAAGCCGGACUCGACUUCCCAGAGUCCCCAUUUUGAUAAUAAAUAGGUCCAAGGAGUGCAUGUGAAUAAUAUUAUUUAGAAAUCAAGCCUCGUCCUUGAAUGAAAAUCUGUGUAUCGGCUGAAAAUUAGUCAUAAUCGUUGAUUCAGUGUAUCCGUUUGAUGUCUUGAAAGUUUCAGUAAUUAUUUUCUCAACGAAUGUGGAUACUACAUCGUACUUUGGUGUUUAUCUGCUUUUAAAAAAAUAAAGGCUUUGGUUCACUUGGUGAACUAUUUAUCAGUU